CAUUUCUGCGUUUUGCAGUGACAAGUGAAAUCGGUGAAACCUUUUUUGAUAAAUAUUCAAGAAAUCCUUUAAAAUGUCCUUUUUUGGUGUAGGAAAUCCGUUUUCUACGCCGGUAGGCCAGAAGAUAGAACAAGCUACUGAUGGCUCUCUUCCAUCAGAAAACUGGGCACUUAACAUGGAAAUAUGUGAUAUCAUUAACAGUACUGCAGACGGGCCUAAGGAUGCUGUAAAGGCUAUUCGGAAAAGACUGACGCAGAGUGCGGGGAAAAACUACACUGUGGUGAUGUACACCCUGACGGUUCUUGAGACUUGCGUGAAGAAUUGUGGUAAAUCCUUGCAUGUGUUGGUGUGCAAUAAGGAGUUUAUCUCAGAAUUGGUAAAACUGAUCGGGCCCAAGAAUGAUCCACCGACCGUGGUCCAAGAAAAAGUGCUGAGCCUCAUCCAAUGCUGGGCUGACGCAUUCUCGAGCCAGCCUGAACUGCAGGGUGUUGGCCAAAUCUACAAUGAGCUGCGUACAAAAGGAGUGGAGUUCCCUAUGACCGAUCUGGAUGCUAUGGCGCCUAUAUUCACACCACAAAGGAGCGUGCCGGACGGAGACGCGCCAGUAGGCUCGCCCGCUCGCGGUCCACCACAGCUGUCACCUAGCCACGUGCCCACCGAAAUCCCACCUAGCACUGUAACACUAUCAGACAGCCAAACGGCCAAGCUUCGCGGUGACCUGGCCGUCGUAGAAGGCAAUAUGGCGGUCAUGUCCGACAUGUUAAACGAGCUGACCGCACAACCACCCGCCGCCACCCACCAGAGCGACAUUGAUUUGCUUAAUGAACUAGCAGACACAUUCCGCGCAAUGCAAACCCGCGUCGCCGAACUAGUCGCGCGGCUUAGCGAAUCGCCUCUAACUGGCGCCCUACUGCACGCCAACGACAAGCUCAACAAUCUACUGUUAUACCACGCUCGCCUUCUCAAUAAUAGAAAUGCAGCCACCGGCGGUGCUACUCCUUCCGCCAUCCUGGGGGCGGCUAUGGGCGUGCCUUCUGCUGAUACUCCAAAGAAAAGCGAUGAUGAUGCGCUUAUCGACCUGAGUGACGAUGUACCUGAUAUUACCAAGCUAACCGUAAAAGACGCGCAACCCGAUAAGUCUCCCGCCAGUUCGAAGGACGAAUUCGACAUGUUCGCACAAUCCCGCAACGUGAGCUAUGACAACAACAGGACUGGAAUCAGUUACGUCGCGAACCUGGAGGAACAGACGUCGGGCGGACUCGCCUCCGCCGCCAACCAGCGCGCCACGCAAGGACAGCCUGCGCCCACUGAAAUGGACCAAAGAGAGAUUGAUGAAAUCGCUGCUUGGCUCGCCCAAGAAAAGGCGGCAUCAGAAGCCAACGGCACCACCGAGAGCGUCACCAGCAGCGACUUCGACAAGUUCCUCGCGUCCCGCGCCGCCGCCGCUGACGCCCUCCCCCCCUCCACCAACCCCCCCACCACCACCACCAACUCCCCCUCUACCACCAGCACCCCCCGCCACCGCCAGAUCACCAAGGACGACCAGGACUCCAUGUUCGCGCUCUGAUGCCCCCAGGUACGUUAGGAGACAGGGCUGAACAUGGUACGGGGUUACAAACACAACAACACGAGAAAAAUAUAUGACCAUGGAAAAUGCACUAGUAUGUUAUAAAACUUAAAAGUAGGCAAUAUUAUUGCCUGAAGCAGCACUCGUAUGCAAAAUAUGAUGUUAUUUGAUAUCUCGCCCCAAAACUUGUACCAUGUAAAUUGGCCUUAAGUUACAUCGGUUAUUUUAGGACGUUAAGGUUUAAGUGCGGUCAACGAGUAUAUCGUUCGUUAACCCGUCGCUACAGUGUUACCAAAGCUGCCAACACGAGUACAUAAAAAAAAUAUAUAUUUAUGUGCGCGCGCAUAGAAAUGAGCUUUUUGAAUUUGCGACAAAGUUUUUUUUAAUGCCACAUCGGUGGCAAACAUGAAACAAGCAAGUUACUGUUAGUUUCUGCUUUUUGACCGAAACUUAUGAUGACAUCAAUUUACGGUUUUGUAACGACCCCCAGCCGGCCGUUUGAUGCACCUACAUACAAAUGCCCACAUCGGCAGGUAUGCUUUUUUUAGUACCAUGGUGACAUAUAGCAACAAUCCCUAUACACACUAGUCAAGAGGAUAUAGUAUCGGGUCAAUGAUCGAAAUUCCUCACGAUUGAUGACCGCACUUUACACCAAAAUUUGGCGUCAAAAAAUACAUCGUUGCAACUUAGUGGUAGUACGACGUUGAAAACCGAGUAUUAAAUAGGUGUUAGACGUUUGUUGUUUUUGGCGUUGGCUCUUGAUUUGUAUGAUUCGCAAUGGACGGAAUGCAUCAACGAUUUCUUAAAGCGUGAAUACAUUUGAAAUAUCUUAUUCAUGACUUGUGUUUGCUUAUUCUUUUUUUUUUUCAGUAUCAAAUACUUACUAUUUUUAAGGUGAGACAACUUUAACACAUUAACUGCCAGCAACCCGCUAGGCGGGUUCUCCGUUCGUAGGCGUUUUUCGGAAAAAUGCGUAACUUGCUACAACUGUAGCGCGUAGUGAAUGCGUUAAAGUUGAUCAUUUAACCACUGUGUCUACAAGAAUCUUCUCCUAAUGUAUAAUUACUUUAAAUUUCAUUCUUACUUAUUAUUUAUACAUUUAUGCAUUCCGUUGUGAAUCAGACUUUAAAAAAAAGUUGUUUAAGGUGCUAAGAGUUAAUUCCAAAAAAGGUUUGCCUCUGAGUUCACAACAGAACAAAACUUCUGCGAACGUGUUUUAAUCGGUCGAAUCACAUCCUACUAUCGAUCAAUGGUUAAAUUAAUAAUAUCAGAAUUAUCCCUGUUAUCCCAAAAAGCACCUUAGACAUGUUGCCUCCUGCAGAACAGAAGCCAAUAGUAUAUUAAACAGUAAUAUAAAACACGUGGGUUUGCAAUUUUAUUUCAUAUGUAACGAUGUGUGUUACUAUAGGUCACGUAUUUGCCGUUUGGUGCCUGGCUUUUAAAAUAGUUUUAAUUGUAUAAGCUGACUAAUACACUUCAUCGAUAUUUGAAAUUAGUUUCGCACUUCAUUCUAUACAAGUUGCUUCAAUAUUUUGAUGCACUUGAGUUUAACUGAUAAUAUAACUUCAUAGAGUGACCAUGUUACUUAUGUAUUAAAUUAGGGUAAGUUUACAUAAGUAGUGUUCGUCAGAUAUUAUUUGCAUCCAUUUGUGUAACGCCUAAUUAUAACAUAAAAUUGUAAUGAAUACCUGUUGAUUCAUUUCAAUUAUGAGCUACUGAAUAUAAGGUUACAGGCUGAUAAAAGUGUAUAUGAAAUAAAAAUAAAUUGUUAUAGUCAAGGUCAUAGGUACAAGUUGAUUCACGAAAGCUGGCACGAAUGAAAUGAACAUAACUUUAAUUGUAUGAGUGAUACCCCUGUAUACAGUCAGAGCCGCCAUUUUAUUGGUUAAUGGUAUUCACACAUAUAUUUUCAUUCACUCAUUCAUUCCAUACGUGCCAGCACUUGUGAAUCGACCUGUAUAUUUGUGGGUGCAGAUAAUAUUUCUUGAACUAUGUUUCGUUUGAUAUACUAUAUGUUCGCAAGCUGGGGGGCGAUUUUUGAAUUUCGAUCGCUCGAUUUCGUCACUCUAAAAUCGGUGGAAAACGGCGAAAUGAUAAUUUUUGAAAUACGAGCGAUAGAAAAUGGGAAUCGAGUGGUAUUGGCCACUCGUUUUUAAUUCUAUUAGUAGACUUAAAUGCCUAGUAGUGGAGAUUAUUAUUGAACGAAAUACACGAAAUCGAGCGGUCGAAAUUCAAAAAUCGGCUCCCUGGAGUAUCACAGCCUCUUAAACCGUAAUUCUAAAUUACGCUGCGAACUAUACACACGCAUGUGAUAAAUAACAUCCUAGUAUUUUUUUACAUUGAUUUUGUAAACGGGCCUCUCAACUUUUUCUUGUUAUUGUACGUUUUCGGUUGUGAACCGCAGUAACGGUGUUUAUUAGAGAAACUUUUAUACUACCAUACCGAUAAAUAACCCAUAUUCGUAUUUAAACUGUCGUGAGUCAUACUAACAUUAAACUGAUUUUACGGUUUAACUCGCGUAUUUUUAGUCAUUCGCGCGACAUGUUUCGGAGAUCAUCCAGUCUCCAUUUUCACUAACAGCAGUAACAGUGCAUGAGUAGUGCUCACGAUAGCUGCGCGCCGCGUACUGUUGCUCGCCGCGACUAAAAAAUAUGUUCGACGGAUUAGGACCUAACAAAAUCAACUCAGAAGAUAUGUGCCAUUUUCAAAGAGUACUUAUUGUCGGUGGUCAAUAAAGCGCUAUUUCAAUAUAGCUUCAAUUUGAAAUCAACCUUAUUGACCAGCGACAAUGUGAUACCUUUUAGUUAAAAAUGGCACAUAUAAAAACAACCUACAAGAAAAAGUUGAGUGCCUCAAAUAUAUAAAAAACGAAAUCAUGAUAAAAUAUAUUUUUAUUUGUUGUAAUUCUUUAACAGACUGCAUUUGAAAGUUUUUGUUGAUUAUUGAAGAUUUAAGUUAUUUAAUGUUUUGGUAAUUGUUAUAAGUCUCGAAAAUGGAUUUAGAAUGGAGUACCGCCUAAGGAUUUUUCAUUGGUGCCCAUUAUCGAAGAGUUAUUGAUUGUAAUAGAGCUAAACUAAAAAAGAAAUAUGCUCCUUAGUUUGACAGCCGAACCAGAUGGCGCUGUACUACGGCAUGUUUUGUGGUUGCUAAUUAAUCUUACGUCAACUUUUGACAGCCAGAAUUACUGUAUACCUAAUGUAUGUACAGGUUGAUUCACGAGCGCUAGCACGAAUGUAUUGACCGAAACUUUCAUUCUAUGAGUAACACCUGUAUCGGUAAUCGGUAAACAGUCAGAGCUACCAUUUUAUUGGUUAACGUGAUACACACACACAUAUAGACAUAUUCAUUCCAUUCGUGCUCCAAGCUCUUGUCAAUCAGCGCCAUUUUCAUCACCUGUAAAAUUCGAGCCACGAACACAUCUUACAAAAAUAACGGAUCUUGCUAUUAUAUAGGUAUGAGAACGAUCGGGCCAUAUUGACUAUUUGUAAUGAAUUAGUUACCUUAAUGUUGUACCAAAGUAGCUUCUGCUAAUGUUGUAAGUAUAACACAAACAUUCCAUACUUGUCUGAAUUCGAUAUGCGGCAUUUGAUGUGAUAUAUAGAGAUGAACAAACCUUUUGUGCUCGUAUAACAAGCCUUUCCUAAUCUAAAAAUAAAUACAGAACCGAAUACCUACUUCUAGAUCACUCUAAUAUGCCUGUCACAAACGAAAAUGCACUUUAUGUGAAUGCACGUAGGUCGUGAAAUUUAUCUGGUGAUGUAAAAUAGCAUAUUUCCUUGCACAAAUGUUUGUCAGAUUUUUCCGAACAUGCAUUUUAGAUAGAUUGAACAGAUUUAUUAGACCCCUUGGAAAACGGCUAGAUAGGGCUUGUUAUAGGAAUUCUCCAAUGAAAUAACAUGAUUUGAAAAUAUUUUACGUUGUAAUCAAUGUAUUUAAGAUAAUAAAUGAAUUAACUAUGAUA